CGGAUGAACAAUCUUUCUGCGGUUGAGUGAACUCAUUGUCAUUGCACUCUGAAGAAAAAGGCUGAGCACUUCGCAGAGAUGGUUGGACCGACCCGUCCGAAGUUCGUUCUAUUCGGAUCAUCUAUAGUACAGUUCAGCUACAGCCAGGAAGGUUGGGGCGCUAUCCUUGCUGAUAUCUACGCACGCAAGGCAGACAUAGUGCUUCGUGGAUAUGGCGGUUGGAACUCACGAUGUGCUCUUGAAGUUUUGGAGAAAGUAUUUCCAAAGUGCUGUUUAGGAUGCAGACGAGCAACCUUCUCUGGUGAUAGUUUAUUUUGGUGGCAAUGAUUCAAUGUCACCCGUUGUAUAUGGAGUCAAUGCUCAUGUUCCUCUUUCUGAAUAUGUUGAAAAUAUGAGGAAGAUUGCUAUUCAUCUCAAAAGCCUGUCAGAGACAACACGGAUAAUCUUUCUCACCUGUCCUCCCAUCAACGAGGCACAAAUUCUUGAAGUAUUUGGUACCUCAAGCCGAUCAAACAAAUUGUGCCAAAAGUAUUCAGAUGCGUGUGUCGAGUUGUGCAAACAGCUGGAUGUAAAGGUAAUAGAUUUAUGGAGAGCACUUCAGCAACGGGAUGAUUGGCUGACUGCUUGUUUUACGGAUGGAAUCCAUUUAACGCCGGAGGGAAGCAAGAUUGUGGUGAAAGAAAUAAUGAAGGUGCUGAAGGAGGCUGAUUGGGAACCAAGUCUGCACUGGGAGUCAUUGCCCACUGAGUUUUAUGAACUCACUCCAACCCUCUUUUUGGGUCCGAAUCGGACACCUGUUAACGCCGCUGAUGUGGUUCUUCAUUGGCAAACGAAGUGGGAUUAGAUGAGAUGUCUCUUUCACAUCUUUUGUCACUAGAGCUGCAUUUAAUAAAAAAAAAAAAUAGAAUUGCCAAUUACUGUAUACCCUAAAAAUUAAAGAGUGAUUUAGAAUUGUUUUCAUUGCUUUUCACUAUUAAAUUGUGAUGUCAUUGUUUCAUCAAUGGUUAUGCUUACUCUUUUGGAUGAA